UAGAAAUUUUAUCUGAUGUUGGUAUGGAUGAAUCUGUUUCAUGAUUAUUAUUGGUGAAUUUGAGUAAUGAAAGAUGUGAUGGGAAGUGGUACAACGAUUUUUAAUCUAAUAUUAUGGCAACACUUUUUGAUAAAAGUUUUCCGCCUUUUACUUGUAGAUUCAAAACUGAAUGAAGAAACGACGCGUAAUAAAUUGCGUUUAUUUACAAUUUGGCGAUUUUACUAAUAGGUACGUCUUGAAAGUGAACUGUUGUUUGCCCAACUUUGGUUGAAUGUUUCGUUGUACUUUGCAUUAUAAUUUGUUUUAAAACCGAAUUGAAAUUGGUACUCGUGUUAUUUCUUCGAUCGAAAAAAGACCUGGGAAAAAUUCACGAUGGUUGAUGGUUUUCCGGACGAUACCGAUACAAGUGAAACCCUUUCGUCGGAUAUAGGUCCGCCGCCACCAGUAUCUCGUCGUAGCUUGCCAGUGCCAAUGCCAGUUUCUUCAUCUGGAAGCAGUAGACGAACCUACUCAAGCAGCCUAUCGGCAUUAAAUCGGCCCGAUAUAGUAACCCCGGGUGAAUGGAGUAACAGGUUCCGUAAUAAUAAUAGAGAGAAUAUCCCACUUAGAAAUGUGAAUGUUGAUAAUCUCCAAGGUGGUAACGAAGAAAAUCAAGGUGCUCCUGCUGCACAAAAUCAAGACGCUGCUGCUGCACAAAAUCAAGACGCUGCUGCUGCACAAAAUCAAGACGCUCCUGCUGCACAAAAUCAAGACGCUGCUGCUGCACAAAAUCAAGACGCUGUUGCUGCACAAAAUCAAGACGCUGCUGCUGCACAAAAUCGAGCCGCCGCAAGUAAUGAAAACCUGCGUUUACAGUGCUUUGAAGCAUGUUAUAUCUUCUUAAUCGUCAUCUUCGUUAUCCAAUGCGCCGAUAUCAUAGCUUUUAAGCAUAAUGUAUGGCCAUGGGGAGACAAUGUCUUUCCUAAAAUUCAAUUCAAUCUUGAUCGUCCGAGAUGCAUCUCUGAAGACAAGAACACUACGUUCCCAGAGAAUUGUAUAGAGAAACGAAAAGCUCACUUUUUAAAUGAAAAUGUAGUGAGGUCUUAUUGCAGAAUAAGUUUAAAAGAUGCUUUUAUAAAUAAUUGCGAGAAUAACGGACUUAGAACAUCUGAUAAGCUGCCAAUUAUCAAAUACGACAGUUUCAUCGACAAAUUAAAUGAGACUUUAAAGAAAGCACCCAUCGAUAAUGCAACGACGGAAGAUAUAUACGAAGUGUGUGUACAGGUUUUCCGGAAUAAUCCAUUUGGCGACGUUGAAGUCAAUGGAACUGAUCAACCUAAUUUCGUGUUCAGAAAUCGGGCAUUACUGUUGGAUAAAUGUUCGAGUUCACCGCCGCCUAAUUCUCAUCCAUUCGCUGAGCUGCCUUUACUUUAUAUUUAUUAUAAAAGGUCAAGAUUUGCUAUAAGUAAUUUGCUCGCCUGUGUGUUCAGUGCACUGAUUCUUAUGAUAAUUGCAAUUUGUAGACGACCAUCACCUCCGCCAUCGCCAGGAAUGCCAAUAAUACAACCGCGUAUAUAUCCGCCACUACUACGACCCGGAGAUGAAGAGCUUUAGCGAGUUUAAAAUAUUUCGGAGCUACUUUUCAGCUCAUUUUGAUCCAAUACUCAUUACCGAUGCUUCAAUGAUUUUGUGGGGGAUUUAUUCAAUCAUUGCGUGAUUCCCCCCCCCAUGUUUAGUAUCCUAAUAUGUCCGCCUUUUUAAAAUUAUUUUUAUAGAUUUAAUUAUUCUUAGGUACCUACUUAUUCCAACAUCUUAGUUCUUCCAUUACUGAUUUAAAUUGUUUUUUUUUUUUUUUUUUGUAAAUUUCUUCGUUCAUUAUAUUUUCUUAAAAAUAAUUUUAUACGAUAUUUUUUAGUCAUUUUUUUUGCCCGUUUUAAUCUGUUGUUAAUGUAGGUAUUUUUCAAUUUCGAUACAUAGAUACAUAUUUUACACCCGUAUUCAAGUAAAUUUUAAUUAAUUUUCACUCUUAUGCUUUUUCAAAUUUUGUAAUAUCCUGUUAGAACCGCUUUCAAUUAUUUUACUUUUUUUAAAAAUCGGCUUCCCCUCAUUUUUUUAUUCGUAUUUUUUUGUUUACUUCAUGGCCUUAUUUUUAUACUUAUUUUAUUUGUUUAUUCAUUUUUAUUCACCUACAUAUACUUACCUAUUUAUUUAUUUAUUUAUUUAUUUAUUCAUUUAUUUAUUUAUUUAUUUAUUUAUUUAUCUCUUUAUUUAUUUAUUUAUUUAUUUAUUCAUUCACUUAUUUAUUUAUUUAUUUAUUUAUUUAUUUAUUUAUUUAUUUAUUUAUUUAUUUAUUCAUUCAUUCAUUCAUUUUUCAUUUAUUAUUUUAUAUGCUAGAUAGAUAAUUUAAUUCAUAUUUUUCACGAAUAAAUGUUGAGCAUUUGUU